GGCCAGCGAAGGGGUUCCUCAGCUUCCGUCAGGUUUUCUGGAGGUUGGCUUGGUCGGAGCAGAAGGGGUCGGUAUCCCGGGAAAAUGACCAGUCUCCAGGCAGCGCGAUCAUUGUCCAUCCCGCUUCGUGUUAGGGGUCAGCAGCCUUGGCGGAUGGGAGAGGGGCCAGGCCUGUGCCCAGAGGCUGCAGGAGAAGACGUCCACCACCAGAGCAGCCAAAGGAGGCCAGGUCUGCCGGAGGUCACGUGUGUGGCAGCGUCUCAGCUAGUAGAUGCUCAGUAAAUGAACUCCCAGCCAUCCAGCCCCGGCUAGUAGCGGUCAGCAAAACCAAACCUGCAGACAUGGUGAUCGAGGCCUACAGUCAUGGGCAGCGCACUUUCGGGGAGAACUAUGUUCAGGAACUGCUUGAAAAAGCAUCAAAUCCUAAAAUUCUGUCUUCGUGUCCUGAGAUCAGAUGGCACUUCAUUGGUCAUCUACAGAAACAAACUGUCAACAAAUUGAUGGCUGUCCCCAAUCUCUUCAUGCUGGAAACAGUGGAUUCUGUGAAGCUGGCAGACAAAGUGAACAGUGCGUGGCAGAAAAAAGGUUCUCCCGAAAGGUUAAAGGUUAUGGUCCAGAUUAACACCAGCGGAGAGGAGAGCAAACACGGCCUGCCGCCUGCUGAGAUGGUGGCCAUGGUGGAACACAUAAACGCCAAGUGCCCCAGCCUGGAGUUCGUGGGGCUGAUGACCAUCGGGAGCUUGGGGCACGAUCUUAGUCAAGGACCAAACCCAGACUUCCAGGUGUUACUGGCCCUCCGGGAGGAGCUGUGCGGGAAGCUGAGCAUUCCUGCCGACCAGGUGGAGCUGAGCAUGGGCAUGUCCGUGGACUUCCAGCACGCGAUUGAAGUGGGAUCUACGAAUGUCCGAAUAGGAAGCACCAUUUUUGGAGAGCGAGAUUACUCCAAGAAAGCUGCCCCGGACAAGCCUGCAGCAGAGCUGAAGGCCCCGGCGGCGGAGGUGGCCCGGGCACAUUGAGCAGCGGCCCAGCCCAAGGGCCGGGCCCAGGAAGACUAACUAUGCACUACUCUGGGCUUUCACUUCCACGUGCCCCACGUCACAGCAUGACCACACCCUCCUCGGGACCUGGAGAGAGCACGCCGACGAUUACGUGCGUCGAUGGAAACCAUCUGACUUAGUGUCUGACACAGGAAGCUCACUUCAGGCAGUGACUUUGGAUUGGAUUUGAGGAAUCCAGACUUUUCUGCAGAACAGGUACCUGGGCACUAGCCGGGAGUUGAGUUCAGGCUUGAACAUUGCCCAGGAGCACCAACCAACCCAUGAAUGCCUUUCCCAGGUUAAAACUUGGUGACUAAAGCCUAGCCUAUAAUCACCAAAGUCACAGGGAUUCCCACUUGUCAUCCACUUCAGUAGAAAGUUCCCUGUUACCAACUUCAUACAAACUCCACUGACUAGCCAUCUCUGCUGCUCUGGAGCAGCGUGGGUUCUGCCCCCAGUCUCCACCCACCCAGUAAACGUUGGUCUCCACUCAGCAAUGGCAGUACAGGUAACUUCGGGACCUGCCUUGAGUUAGUCCUCCAGACCCACAUUGUGGCUGAUGAGAGCUGUGUCCUCGGCCACCGUGUGGUGCUGACCCUGAAAAUUACAGGGCAACUAACGUAAGCGGUCCCUGGCCCUGUCUAACAUCCUCCUCCAGAGACAGGACUUUGAGCUUUUGCCCUGGGCCCUACGGUGAUGACCAUCAAAUGAUACGAUCUUUCCGCCACCAUAGUCCCCGUUAUGAUUAUUUCUUAUCUCAUAGCUCCCCAGAUAUGAAAGAUUCCCUCAAAGCCAGUUCAGGCUCACGGUUUCAACAAAGCCUGGCUUUGAGGUUCCUGUUCCUGGGAGCACUUUUUAGGCAUAUUUAUAGCCUCCCCUCCCAACCAUGUUUAUAAGGCAGAAUUUUGCAAGUCUUGACGUUAAUAGAGUAGCUAGCUCUUCAAAACCCAGAAAGAACAAUUCUCGGAUAGUCACAACAGGCAACUGUAGUCUGGGUCGUUGUUUGUUUUCUAGGUGGGUUUUUCUUACUUAUUCAAGCCCCAGUCUUUAAUUUUAUGAAACAACUUCCAUUAAGCUCCUGCCGAAAUGAAAUUUUGUAAAACUUAAACCAUUACGAUUCCUGUACUGUUUCAAUCAAAGCUAUAGUGUGAUAUUUCAGUCUGUUAAAUAAAAAUGUGAGUUUGAAUUAUGCCAUCUAUGCCAAUUACAAAGCGAUUAAAAGAUUUAUUUUCUA